GAUUUCCUUUGUGUUAAAGAGUUUUGAGUGAAUUCAUUCCUUUAGAGAGUUCUGUGCAUGCAAGUCCUUUGGUUGUCUAAACCACGAUGAUUUGUUCUGGGCAUGGUGCAUUUAUAGUACUUCUUGCACUUUCAUGUUUGAUUGUGCCUAUCACAUAUGCAUCCAAAUUACCAUCACAAGUACUGGAUUUCAUUCAUGGUGGUACUAUAAAAAAUGCUGGUUGUAACACCAAUCUCAGUGGAAAGAGAUGGGCGGUUCUAGUUGCCGGAUCAAAAGGUUACUAUAAUUAUAGACAUCAGGCUGAUGUAUGUCAUGCAUAUCAAAUAUUGAAGAAAGGUGGGUUAAAAGAUGAAAAUAUCAUUGUGUUCAUGUAUGAUGAUAUUGCAUUCAAUGAUAACAACCCUAGACCUGGUGUGAUUAUCAACAAACCAAAUGGUGGUGAUGUUUAUGCAGGAGUGCCCAAGGAUUAUACAAAAGACCAUGUUAAUGCAAAAAACUUUUAUGCUGUUAUUCUUGGAAACAAAAGUGCCCUCACUGGUGGUAGUGGUAAGGUAGUGAAUAGCGGACCAAAUGACCAUAUUUUCAUAUAUUAUACUGACCAUGGAGGUCCUGGGGUACUAGCGAUGCCGACUGGUGAAUAUAUGUAUGCCAAUGAUCUUAACAAUGUGUUGAAGAAGAAGCAUGCAGCAAAAUCUUACAAAAGCAUGGUAUUUUACCUUGAAGCUUGUGAGUCUGGGAGUAUUUUUGAGGGACUUCUUCCAAAUAACUUGAACAUAUAUGCAACUACAGCAUCAAAUGCAAGUGAGGAUAGUUAUGCAGCAUAUUGUCCAGAGGAUUCUGAAGCUGUUGAGAAAUAUGACACAUGUUUGGGAGACUUAUAUAGUAUUUCCUGGUUGGAGGAUAGUGACAAACAUGAUUUGCGCCAGGAAACUUUACAGAAGCAAUAUGAAGUGGUUCAAAGGAGAACAGUAGUAGGUGUUUCAGAUCGCAGUUCACAUGUAAUGCAGUAUGGAAACAAAAAACAAAGUAAUGAAUGCCUCUACUAUUACAUGGGUACAAAUCCUACAAAUGAAAACUAUACUUUUGUUAAAAAUCCCUCUUCACCAUCAACUCUGAGGGUUGUUAACCAACGUGAUGCGAAUCUCCUUCAUUUCUGGCACAAGUACCAUAAAGCCCCUGCAGGCUCUCAUGAAAAGCUUAAAGCUCAAAAGGAACUAAAUGAUGAGAUUUCUUUAAGGAAGCAUGUGGACUACAGUAUAAAUCAUAUUGGAGAGCUUUUGUUUGGAAAUGGUAAUAGCUCAAAAGUGUUGGAGACUGUUCGGCCAAGUGGGCAACCUAUUGUGGACGAUUGGAAUUGUUUUAAGAUGCUUGUAAGUACAUAUGAGAAAUAUUGUGGAUCAUUAUCAAAAUAUGGAACGCAACACAUGCGAGCAAUUGCUAAUAUGUGCAAUGCUGGGGUUACUAUGAAGCAAAUGGUUGCAGCAUCAACUCAAACUUGUUUUAAGAUACCCCCUACUUAUUAGCAUUUCUACAAAAAUAGAAUAAAUGGAUCAACCUAGAUUUGCUUAUCCUGCUCUAAUGAGCUUCAAAUGUAUGUGUGUGAAAUUUAGCAAGCUAUUGGAAUGGAUGUGUCUAUAUUCUGUGAAUGUAAGUAGA